GCUUGUUUGAUAUAUACUUAGUAACACACAAAUACAUUUUCCACGUACCUUUUUCGUAACAUAUAUUUUAUCUUCCGAAAGAAGAGGAUGUCGAACACGCAGCAGAUGUUCAAGUCGGGCAAAGCCCACGGCGAGGGCGCGGAGAAGGCGGGCCAGUGGAUGCAAUCCGCGAAGGACACCACCAAAUCCAUGGCCGACAGCGCACAGCAGAAUAAGGACCAGGCCGCGGAGAAGGCGGGCCAGUGGAUGCAAUCCGCGAAGGACACCACCAACUCCAUGGGCGACAGCGCGCAGCAGAACAAGGACCAGGCCGCGGGCUUCCUCCAGCAGACCGGGGAUCAAGUGAAGCAGAUGGCUCAGGGUGCUGCGAAUGCGGUGAAGAACGCGGUCGGAAUGGGGAACACCGACACUGCUGCAGGGAACACCACUACUUCCACCACCACCACUACCAGCAAGCAUUAGCUAGUUUCGGGGCGAACUUAAUUUCUUUAAAUUUGGCGCUACAUAUUAUGUGAAAUAAGCUAGGUGUGAUUCUAGCCGCUUGAAUCCCUCGUCUUGUUUUCUCUUCAUAUGGUUUCUUUUAAUUCUGUUUUUGCCUUGUAAGGAAUUAAUUCUUUGAUUAUUAUAUAAAAUAUUAAAUUUUUUUGGCCCCUA